AUGGUUGUGGCGGCGAUCUUCCUGGCAUGGUGGCUUCGAAGAAGGCUCAGGGACCUGGAAAACCGACUUGUGAUCCUUGAGAAUGAGUUGGAAGUGGUGAAGCACAACCGCAUCAGUGCCGGGGAGGAGCGAGUGUGGUCUAUGCAAGUGGAUUACACUCAAAGGAUCCACAGAGCCUGGGUUUUCCGGGGAGGCUUCGUUGAGGAUCAUUCGAUUCGUGAUGGUUUGGAAUGGGAGACGCUGAAGUUCCUGGAGAAGAUCAACCGACGCCAUGAAGGGCUGCAUCUCAAAGUUCAGUGGGAUGUGAUGAAUCGGAGAAGACAGGAACAAGGUGAGUCGAGAAUUCCCAACAGGUUCUCUUUGGAUGAUCCUGGACCAGCGCGAGGUGAUCAAAAUGAUCCGGAUGAUACAAGGAUGCUGAGUGGCGAGACCGCCACAGUAGAGCUGGACAGUGGGGAGGUUGUGGACAUCCCCAUUGAGUACUUGGAGAUUGCCCGAGAGGUUGUCCAGGCACCAGAUCCACCACCGGAGCCUGAACCAAGCCCUGGAGAUGAAGAUGAGGAUAUGGAGAGCACAACGACACCGGAGCCAGGACGAACACAUCCUGAUGCCUGGCAGCCGGAGCCGAUCGAGAUUCCUGAGUCGAAGUUUUCUUUUUACAACAGACCCUACAACAGGGCAGAUUUGAAAGCUCGACAGGAGCUAGCGAAAAUUGAGGCGAUGAUGCCCGCGGUGAGCAUGACGCCCAGCUUGCCGCUUGACUAUCAGUGCAGGCGCAGACCAAGAAAUCGUGCACGCUGA